GUGGGGAGUCAGAGGUAAGGAGGCGUGCGAUGUCUGUCGCUACAUCCUCCCCUGCCUGUCUGGGCUUCUCUGAUAUCCUAUUCACAUCUCAAACCCAGAGGGCAGAGGGGUGAUAGGACGUUAAAGGGUAUAGGAUUAGAGAGAGCGAGAUGAGGUUGGAGGUUAGGAAGUUUUUUUAGAUGGAUUUCUCGUUGGUGCUCCACGGUUGGUUUUCAGGAUAGGAUUGAUUUAUCGUUAGUACUUCUCGGUUGGUUUUAAGACAGGAUAGAUUUCUCAUCGUUCAAGUUUUCCAGGUUGGUAUUUGUUUGUUCCUUUUUUAAGGUUGGUGUGGGGUCAAAGACAACUUGGGUUCAAAAAAGACCAGAUGGUCCGAGGGCUCUGGCAGGGUUAGGAAAAUUGAAAUAUCUCAUGGAUCUCCCCACGUCGUCCGACGACUUCGCAGUUAGGAUAGAGAUCCAAGGCAAGGCAUUGGCCGGCGCUUGUUAUUCAUGGUCUUAAUGUCCUCAUAUGCUUUGACCCGUUCUUUAGAAUGAGCUUUAGUUUUUCCAGUUUGGAUUUUUCCAGGUUGAUGCGUUAUUCGUAUUGUAGUUUGGUUAUUUAAUAUUGGAAUUUAUUCAAUGUUUUUUUGUGCGGCAGAUUUUAUUUUUUUCAGGUUGAUGCGUUAUUCGUAUUGUAGUUUGGUUAUUUAAUAUUGGAAUUUAUUCAAUGUUUUUUUGUGCGGCAGAUUUAAUUUUUUGUUUUAAAGUUGUGGUUUAUAUUAUUUUGAAGAAUCCCUUCAAGAAUUGCAGGACAUGUCAUCAGUUGUGGUCCUCAGGAUCAUCGAGUGUUUCGGCCGUUAUCACAAGACACUCUCACCCGAGGGAGGCCCUCCCGAGGUCGAUCAACUCCCGGGAAUGUCCUAUAACUCCUCAAGAACUUCUUCCUUUUUAUAAGGCAUCAAACAGUGCUGAAAAACCCAGUGCCUCUCAGGGGCCGGGCUGUUCAGGAGAGAUACAGGAGGAUAGAGGCCAGCAAGACAGCACACAAAAUGUUGCUGAAACUACAGGUUAGGUGAAAACAGAUUAGUGUAGAUUUUAACUUUAAAAAAUAAGAGUAGGGAAAGUAAUUUCGAUCCUUCUGUUCCUGGUAGAGGUGGCAAGGAGGAGAGCUGGAGGACACAGGGGCACUGGAUUCAAUCCAGAAUGGUUAACCAUGCCCCAGUUUAAACCAUGGCUGUACCAAAACCAGCAUGGGAUGUUCUGCAGACUUUGUAGGCAGCACAAGCCUGCACCCAAGAAAGGUGCAAAUAAGAGGGCAUUUGUGGAGGUUGCUGCAGUCACAUACCGCAAAGACUACUUAGAAAGGCAUCUCAAAACAGAGCACCACCAGGAGAGCAUCAGAUGUCAGGCAUCGCUUUCUUCGGGUGUAUCAGUAAUGGACUCAUUUGACCCAAUAAUUGUGUUGGAGCAUGAGGCCAUAAUUGGUGGUUUCAAGUGCCUUUAUUGGCUUGUAAAAAAUGAAAUUGCCCACCAAACCAACUACCCCAAGCUUCUGAGUCUGGCAGAGCUUUUAGGGUGUGACUAUUUUAAAAAAUUAAAGAUUGACAAGAGGAAUAAUUAUAGGUCUCAUCGUAUUAUUGAUGAGAUGCUGGAGAUCCUAGCAGAGGUCUUGGAGGAACCUAUUCUCAUGGACAUCAGGUCAUCACAGGCGAUUAGCCUGGAGAUAGAUGAGAGCACUGAUGUCUCUGUGUCCAGGCAACUGGAUUUGCACAUCAGGUACUUGGAUAAAGAGGGACAGGUGUACAAUCAGUUCCUGGAUCUGGUAUCCGUCAUUGACGGCAAAGCGGACACCAUUGUUUCCGCUGUCAAAACAGUCCUUCUCAAAAAGGGCAUCCCGACUGAGAAGCUAUAUGGACUCGGGACUGAUGGGGCAGCUGUCAUGACAGGGCGUUUGAAUGGUGUUGCAAAGCAGCUUAAAGACAGCUUUCCCAAACUUUUGGCUGUGGCUUGUGCUGCCCACAAACUGGCCCUUGCUUGCAAGGAUGCUUCAAAUAGUGUCCCGUACAUGGCUACAUCUAGGGACCACUUGCAGGAUCUGUACCUGUUUUUUAGAAAUAGUGCCAAUCGGACCGCCACUCUCAAGGCUGCAUCCCUUAUCCUGGGUGUCACUGACCUGAAGGUUAAGGAAGUGAAGGACACGCGAUGGCUUUCACAGCAUAAAGCCAUACAGAUGCUACAGAGGAACCUGGCUGCUGUCCUUGGGGCCUUGGCGGAGGAGGCAGAGAUAAGGAAGUGUCCCACAGCCAAGGGCCUUUACACUUUCUGUGGGAUUUACAGAUUUGUGGCCUCUGUAUAUCUACAGGCAGAUGUUUUGCCCCACCUAGCCUGUCUCUCAAAAGUGUUCCAGAAAGCACAUGUCAAUUUUUUACACAUCAAAGAGCAGGUUCCCGUCACCAUCCAGACCCUCCUGGAUAUAAGAGAGGCUGGGCAGACUCCGGUCCCAGGAUCCUUCCUGUCUCGCUUGCACGAGGACCUAGAGGAUCCUGACAAGCUUGGAGCCUUUGAAAUCAAGCAUGAGGCUGAGAGGGGCAGGAGGGGGGAAGAUGUCCAGGACCAGUCGAGGGAGGCACAGUGGUGCAGAUUCGAGCGACAGGUCAUCCAACCCUACAUUACUGGCCUGGAGACAGAGUUGAAAAGGAGGUUCCAGGAGCUGGACAUCCUUGGAGCCUUCCAUGUCCUGAGACCUCAGUCGGCUUCCCUCCCUGACAGUGUGUCCAUUGCACAGCUGCAGACUCUGGCAAAACAAUUCUGUCCAGACCAAGAGAAGGUGCUCCUCCAAGAGUGGUUUUCGUUCAAAAACCAUCUCAUUACAGGGUCAUUACAGAACAAGAGCCAGGAGGAGCUCCUGACUCUGCUGGCGAGUGAGUACGAUGAGUGGUUAGACCUCUACCCCUGCAUCAGUCUCCUUGCCAGCAUUGCCCUGAUUGUCCCAGUCUCUUCGGUGAAUUGCGAGCGGGAUUUCUCCGCUAUGAAUAGGAUAAAAACAGACCUCAGGAACAGGCUUCAAGGGGAACACCUGGCAGCCUGCUUAAGAAUUGCCAUAAAUGGGCCAGAACCGAAUGAGGUCCCUUAUGAUCGGGCCCUUGAGUUCUUUUUCAGGAACCCACGUAGGAUCAAGUGUUCUGAUGGGGCAUGCAAGCUUUGCACAUAAGGGAUAAUGCAGUUUUAUUAUUUUAGUUAGUUGUUGUAAUUAGUAGUAUUGUUGUUAAAUAUUGGUUCAGUUAGGUCUUGGGUUUAUUUGUUAUUGAAAUAAAGACCUCCAGCUUUAGUUGUCUGUUGCAAUUCAUUCAUUGAAUGUCAGUUAAAAACUAAACUCGUGCACCGCGUCGCGUCGCGUUGCCGUCGCACGCACACCUGCGUCGCACCGCGUCGACGUCGCACGCGGUCCACAAUGGAUUUCUAGUCCAUCACCUUAACCACACAGUUUCGAC